UAAAUAGGCCGAUGUGCCCCAGUCAGUGCGUUGUCUGUGCCUGGAGUCGCCAAGAUGCAGAUUCUCCGGAUUGUUCAAGUUGCCUUGCUCGCAGCGGCUGCGAACGGAGCCAAGCUGCCCUCCUUCCCCCCGGUUCUCUCGACGCAAACCUCCUACAACUAUGAACCCCCAAGUGUGCCUUCCGGGCUCUAUGAAACCCCCGUGGCUCCUCCCGAGAACCCCCCAGAGCCCAACAGCCUCUAUGAAGUCCCCGACGACGACGAGGAUGAACCUUCCACCCUUUACGAGACUCCAGGAAUAGUGGUUCCUACUCCUUCAGAACCGGCAGUCCUGUAUGAAAUUCCGGACGAAGAACCAAGGCCCUCGGCUGUGUACCAAAGUCCCAUCGAAGAGGCCCCCGUCCCUGUAAAGCCUGUGAUUAUCUAUCAAGUUCCUCAGGAGGUCACCACUCACGUAGAGCCAUCGCCCAUCUACACGGCCCCGCAGCCUCAGUACAGUCAGCAGACGAUAUUCCCCGGAGCUCCUUCAGCCCCCACUGACUUGUACCAAGCCCCGCAGCCUAGGAAUUUGUAUGAGGUUCCUUCCCAACCUCUCCCGGCGCUCAGUAACUCCUAUGACGCCCCUGCACAACCAGCCCAAGUGCCGAAUACUUUGUACGAAGCUCCUGAGGAUCCAGCCCCCAGUGGCCUAUACGAAGCUCCUGAGGAACCAGUUCCAGCCCCUUCUGGCCUAUAUGAAGCCCCUGAAGAACCAGCCCCAGCCCCCAGUGGACUGUAUGAAGCUCCUGAGGAACCAGCCCCCGCGCCAAGUAACUUGUAUGAAGCACCUGAGGAGCCAGCCCCGACACCAACCAACCUGUAUGAAGCCCCCUCCGAACCAGCCCCCAGUGGCCUGUAUGAAGUGCCUGACGAACCAGCUCCAAGCAACACCUACGGAACUCCCGCCGAACCAGCCCCGGCACCAACCAGUCUCUAUGAAGCCCCAUCAGAACCUGCGCCAGCUCCUAGCAGCUUGUACGAAGCCCCAUCUGAGCCUGCUCCAGCGCCUGCCAAUUUGUAUGAAACUCCUGACGAGCCUGCUCCAACCCCCGUUACACUGUACGAAACGCCCUCUGAACCUGCUCCAGCGCCAACCAAUGUAUAUGAAGCCCCUUCAGAACCUGCCCCAGAGCCAACCAACACAUACGAAGCUCCCGCACCAACCAACACAUACGAAGCCCCCGCACCAACCAACACAUACGAAGCCCCCGCACCAACCACUCUCUACGAGGCCCCCUCUGAGCCAGCCCCCGCGCCAACCGGCCUUUACGAAGCCCCGACAAAGUCAGUCCCAGCGCCGACCAACUUGUACGAAGCUCCCUCGAAGCCUAGUGGGCUCUACGAAGUGCCUUCGAGCGCGAAUGCCCCGGUUCCCUCUGUUGCGAAGCCGAUGAAGGGCAUGCCGUACAACUUCCAGUGGGGGGUGGAGGACGCCGACUCCGGGAACGUGUUCGCGCACCACGAGGACAGCGACGGCAACAGCACGCGCGGACAGUACCGUGUGAACCUCCCCGACGGUCGCGUUCAGGUUGUAACUUUCUACGACAACGGAGAAGGAUUCCACGCCAAUGUGGCCUACGAAUAGAUGUUCUCACGGUCGACCGUUGCCUUCGUCCUCCCAACAGACCUUUAGGAAUAGUUUCUGCAGCAGCAUUUUGUACAAGUGUAUAUGUUAGUUCUAAGUUAUAUGAAUAUAUAUAUAAUCUAUGUAUAUGCAUAUGUAACUUGGAUCACGGUAUUAACGUUCAAGUUAUAAUGUCUUUGUAUUUUUGUAAACAUAUUUGUAGUCGGCAUUUCCGUUACUUUCAACAGGAAGUCAAAAUAAGCGCUUGCACUUUCCUGGUAAAUCAGUCUUGCUUUCCCAUCAACCACAAAUAGGAAUAUAGUGACAAAUUAUUAGUUUCAAAUUAUUUGCAACAAUGAGGGCAAAUGCUCGUAUAGUGCUUUUGCUCUGUAGAAAUUGCAGAACUGUAGUGCAGAAUUGAAAAAAUGAUGAACAUUUUUACGCAUGAUUUUGGUCAUUAUGUGUCCUCAAUUUUCAAUUUAUGUCAGUAGUUGUCAUUCUUAUUCAACGAAUGCUAAAUUGACAAGAAAUAGGUUUAGAAAAGGAGCAGUGACAUGCGUGUGACAUGAUGAUCAAGGGGUUCCUAUUUAUUAAACGAUGUUGAAGUCA